AUACAAGAUUUCGGGUUGUACAGAUGCCAGGUUUCUCGUUCAGGUGACACAGGAAUGGAACCGGUUAAGUCAGAACCCGCAGAAUUGAUCGUUACUCCAGGCCUUGGAAAAAAAUUAAAGACUCUACGAGAGCUCGAAUUUGAUACAAAAAAACGAGUUGCUGUGCUUCUUGAGAAUACAGCUCCAGGUGUUGGUGGAUGGAGGGAAGUAGCUCAUCGCUACGGAAUGAAUAAGGAUUUAGUGAAAAAUUUGGAGACUAAACAGGACCCUGGAACGCAGGUUAUGGACUUUCUACAGGCAUCUAAACCGGAUUUACAAGUUUACAGCUUUUGCAAGACACUCAAAGAAAAAAAUUGCUUCAAUAUUGUAAAAGUCUUAGAAGACGAGCUAGUUAAUUAGUAACUC